AGCCGAGCCCAGGCUGGGCGCUGGGCGCUGGGCGGAGCUGCGGGGCUGGGGGACAGGGUUAUAAAAGUGAGGCUGACAGUGCUCGUCUCCGGAGUUGGCUGCGCCGGCGAGAGCAACACACACGAUCUGCAGCCUGGUGCAGCCGCGGCAAUGACUAUCACCUACACUGCCCGUGUGGCCAAUGUGCGGUUCUGCAGCUUCUCCAAGCUGCUGGUGCUGUGGAAAGGCAGCAUCUACAAGCUCCUCUACAAGGAAUUCCUGGUUUUCUCCUUCAUGUACGCCGUGCUCAGCGUUGCCUACAGGUUUCUGCUCCUGGAAGACCAGAAGAGGUAUUUUGAAAAGCUGGCCUUGUACUGCAACCACUACGCCAACCUCAUCCCAAUGGCCUUCGUGCUAGGUUUCUACGUGACGCUGGUGGUGAACCGCUGGUGGAGCCAGUACACCAGUAUCCCACUGCCGGACCGGCUGAUGUGCGUGAUCUCGGGCAACGUGCACGGGCCGGACGAGCGAGGCCGAGUGCUGCGCCGCACCAUGAUGCGUUACGCCAGCCUGUCCGCGCUGCUCAUCCUGCGCUCCGUCAGCACCGCCGUCAUCAAACGCUUCCCCACCAUGGACCACGUGGUGGCGGCAGGGUUCAUGACCAGAGAUGAACGCAAGAAGUACGAGAGUCUGCAUUCUCCUUACAACAAGUAUUGGAUCCCCUGCGUGUGGUUCACCAACCUGGCGGCCAAGGGGCGCAAGGAAGGUCGGAUCAAGGAUGACAGCGCGCUCAAGUUGUUGAUGGAGGAACUGAACACCUUUCGAGCAAAGUGCAGCCUUCUCUUUCACUACGACUGGAUCAGUAUUCCACUCGUGUACACUCAGGUGGUGACCAUCGCCGUCUACAGCUUCUUCCUCACCUGUCUGAUCGGCCGCCAGUUCCUGGACCCUGCACAAGGCUACGCUGGUCACGACAUCGACCUCUACAUCCCCGUCUUCACCCUGUUACAGUUCUUCUUCUACGCCGGCUGGCUCAAGGUGGCCGAACAACUCAUAAAUCCCUUUGGAGAAGACGAUGAUGAUUUUGAAACAAACCGUUUGAUCGAUAGGAACUUUCAGGGAUGCAUUGACUGUAGCUGUGACUGUUGCAUUCAGGUGUCAAUGAUGGCGGUGGAUGACAUGUAUCAGGACCUGCCCCUGAUGGAGAAGGAUCGCUACUGGGACGAGUCCAAUCCCCGGCCACCCUACACUGCCGCCACUGUGUUUGUCUUGCAGAAGCCGUCCUUCCAGGGAUCCACUUUCGACAUGACGAUCUCCAAAGACGACAUGCACUUCCAGCCGAUGGAGGAGAUCGAGGAGAUGACCGAGGAGGGGAAUUCUCAGCACCUCCGACUGUUCAGCCGCUUGCUGCCCGCCGCGCCCUCGCCCUCUCCGGCCAGCAAUGUCCAGCGGCCGGCCCGGCCCUUCCACCUCCUCAAGCGGCGCACCAGCGUGUCGUCGGACGCCUCCAUGUACAGCUGCCUGUGCCAGGACACCCAGUCCACCGUGUGCUCCUGCGGCCCUUACAGCGAGCACAAGCCGCUCACACAGAUACACUUUCUUUCCGAGGACCCCAGGCCGCGACGUAUGGAGGCGGUGGAGAACUUUGUCCGAGUGGGCGAGGGGGCGGAGACCCUCAAAGUGGAACCGGGGAGCGGAGAGGGAGAGGGAGAGGGGGCUCCUCGAAGCUUACUGGAGGAAGAGAUGGUCCUCAACACCUCUCCAUUGUCGACUAUCAAUAUCUCUGAGGUUGGAAGGGACCUGUUCUCCUACAGUUCUGAUGCUGCGAGAUUGGGUUCCCAGGAAAUCUUGGCUUCCAGUUGCCAGUCUAUCCCGGGUUCUGGAUCGUUGCAGAGAACAUGCCAUCAGCAGGCCAGCGAGUCCACCCCUCGGCUCUCGCCAGCGGCCGCCCUCGCCAACAUCUCCUCCUCGCCCGAGGGUGCUCACACCUACCGGGGUGCCCUCACCCUCCACCACCCGGUACUGUCCCUGUCGCCCGCCGUGGAGGAGGCGGGGGAGAAGAAGGCGGACUGGCCCGGGGUGGCCACUCGCUCCUUGCGCGGGGACUCGGCCCAGGACAAGAGGAGCGCCCUGCUCAUCCCAGAGACUCUGCCGCUCAACGGUGUAGAGGGCGAUCAUUGAACCCCAGACCACCCACCCACUCACCCCCCGGGUGCCCGAACCGACUGC